AUGACGAGGCAGGACACAGCUGGGGAAGAUCAGUGAAGUGAAAUUGAAAGUAGUUGGGGAUUCAGGGCAGAAGUAAAUAUGGCUGAGUACGAAGAUUCAGGAGAGGAGAGUGUGUCCGGCUUCAGUGAUACGGACACUGACUCCCACGCAGACUCCCAGUCUGGCUCAGACUCAGACCAGGGUUCAGCAGCAACACAGAAAGUCUGCAAGUACUACAAUGAAGGUAACUGCCGCUAUGGGAAGAAAUGUCGUGAUCUGCACGUUUGCAAGUAUUCGUUGAAAGGCAACUGUCGGUAUGGAUCCUCCUGUCGCUUCAAACACAUUCAAGGCUCUGAUAGGUCAUCUAGGCAGGAAUAUCGUGGAAGGAGGACCCAAGGCGAUACUAGAAGGGGUUACCGACAUCGGAGCAGAAGCAGAUCAGAUUCAUCAGAUGAAAGUCUUAGUGGGAGACCCUACAAAUGGCAGCUGGAUCUGGGACAAGGCUGGGAAGAUGUAGCCCAUGACUAUAUACUGGAGGCUCAGUACUCACGCCCCAAUACCAAAGGCAUCAGGAUCUACAAUACUCCCUGUGGUGCUCUGUCAAUCGACUUCACUAAAAUGCGCAUUCUGAAGAAGACUAAACUGAGAGUCCGGCGCAAAGGCUCCCGCCAGAAUGAAUGGCUGUGGCAUUACCGUGGCAAUCAUGGCUGGUAUCAGUAUGGAGAGAAGGAUUCAAAAGGAAAUGCCAGUUCCAUCAGCAGUGCCAGCCUGGAGAAAGAGUACCAGAAGAACCGGCAAGGAACAGUCCAGUUCACCAUUGACUCCACCACCUACGAGAUUAGAUUUAGAGAUAUGUCUCAGAAAAACCUGUCCACUGGCCACAGGAGGCGGAUCAGGAGGCGUCCGAAAUAUGAAUCUCCACGCGAUGGGGGAGUGAACGUGGUGACAAGGGCCUUCAAAAACUUGACCUCGUCUUCUUCUAAUAAGGCACCGUUGUGGCAGUAUGGAGGAAAGCGUGGACGCUGGCACAGCUUCUCACAUCGAGGUGCCUGUUCAGUGUCCAGUGAAGACAUUGAAGAAGAAUACCAGAAUGAUCCACAGGGUUCAAUCAGCUUCACAGUCAACGGAGAUCCGUACACUAUUGACUUCAAAAAGAUGACCCAGACCAAUACGAAAACAUCUGCCACCCGGCAAGUCCAGCGUGUGUAACAAUGGAGAUUAAGGAUUAACUGCAGUUUCAGCUAUAGUGCCUUUACACAAUCCCUUCACACAGAUCCACUCAGAAGGGUGGGAUGGGGUCUCUGUUGCUUUUUAAUAUACUUGCAUUGUUAAUGGUGAAUUCUGGGAGAUGAGGCUGUAGAUUAAUUUUCUUUCCGUCUGUUUUAUAUGCUGUUUUCUCAAUCUGACUUUUAUAAUGAUAAACCUCAGAAGAGUAUUUAGUUAGAGGGUAUGACAGUAACUGGACAAAAGUAAGAAUAUUGCUUGAAGAGUGGUGUUUUGAACACAAUACAAAAAUAUCGCAAUGUUAAGGAGCUCCAUAUAACUUAUAUCCAACACCUUUUAAAGAAGGGGAGGAGCUAAAUUCUUAACCUAGUGUCUCUCUGACAGCCUCAAAGCAAAGAAACUGCAAAAUCCAGUUAACUUCCACAGAAUGUUAAGAGUAGACCUAUGAUUCUUUGGAUUGUGUGGAUGUUUUCAAUUUAGCUUCUUCAACCAUAGACAUAUCUCCCCUUCUAUGGAAGGUGGUGUAUAUAAGUUUGGUAGUUAAUUAGCGGUAUACAACAUUAAAUGAGAAAUUGAAAUGUUGGGUUAGCAUAAUUAGCUACUUUAUGAUCAGUGUCCACAAAGUAGCUACUUCAAAUUUACUUUAUUAGAAAUUCCAACACAAAUGCAUAAGAAACAAACUUGAAAAUGGGCGUGGCAGAAUAAGAUGGAUGAGCCAUAGAUCUUCAAUGCACUGUGAUACUAUACUCAGGCAAAUCUAUGAAUUGAAACAAUUAUGAUGAUUAUUUUUAUUAAUGUAAUGCUUUCUGCACAACAGGCUGCAUAUAUUGAUAAACUAAUUUAUAUGAAUUUAUAAGCCUUGGCAAAACCGGUACGAUAUAAGUCUACAAUAGGCAGAAUAUUUUUUAAGAAAUCACAAUGCUUUUUAUAAAGUGCUGUCAAAAAUAUCAUCAUCAAAAACAUACCAAAAACAAUGUGUCGGAUAAAGGAAGCUGAUGUCAUGGUGUGUGGUGCAAAUUGCCUUGAGGACACAGAUGUCAUGGGCAGCUGCUUCACCAGACCUGUGCCAUACUGAAAAUGUGUGGGAUGGACUCCCUGCCAAUCCUGUUCAUGCAGCUUGCCAUCGGCUACCGGAGCCCUGAGAGAGCACAAUUGGUCUUGCUCCCUCUGGGUGGUUAGAUGGCGCUCUCUCUCCACAUCACUUCAAAUGCUGAUGUCAGUCAGCACAAGGUGUCUGUGAGCUGAUGUGUCGGAACCGAGUCGCUGCCCUUUCAUCCGAGUGCGCUGUGAUGCCACUCGGCAAUGCUGCAUCAGCAGCAGUUGGAAAAGUGUCUAACUUCACAUGUAUCGGAGGAGGCAUGUGCUAGUCUUAACUCUUCUGGUGUUGAGGCAUCAAUAGUGAUAGGGUGAUUCCUAAUGAGUGGGUUGGGUAAUUGCUGGGGUAUUUUAGGGAGAAAAUGGGGGAAAAAAUUGAAAUAACAUUGAGAAUAUCAGAGCUGCAUGGGAUGAAUUAUCACUGGUCUCCAUUAGGAACCUCUACAACUCUGAGAUUGCAUUACACACUGUAUCUUCAUAUUCUGACACUCCAUUCUGAGUGCAACUAUUUUUUUGAUGAUGACUGUAUAUCAAUGCAACCUGGCAAUAUAAAUGCAGAUCUGUUAUUUUGCCUGUAUUGUUUGUCACUGAUGUGUAAUAAUAUGUUUUAUUUGAAAUGUGUUGUGGUGGAGUAACUAUGCAAUAAUCUCAACUGUGAUAACUUUAAUGUCUUUUAAUAAGCUGCACUGCCUUCUGGAAAGUGGCUGUUCUGCAGUAAGUGGAUCUUCAGUACUUGACAUACCUGGAUGUACAUGUUUACAGCCUACUGUGUACAUAGUUAACUGUGACAGGAGAAUGCAGGAUGGACUUUGUCCAAUAUGAUAAGUGAGAUGUUAAAAAACAUUUAACAAUGUGAUCCACUUAUGCGAAAGUCGUAAAUUCUUUGAAUAAAGCUUGAAACAUUCUGGUGGAGUAUUGCGUAAAGCUCAAACUCAAUAAAUGAAGGAUUCUUCA